UUGAAAGGUCAGCUUGUUAUGUAGCCACUUUAGCCAAGGAAUGGUUCGUCGUUUCAUUGUUAUUUCAUUUUCUUGUUCAGCUUAUACGACACAGCGCUUUAUAAUUAACGUUCACUCAGACGUCGCUUUUUGUCGUUAAUUUACUGGACCUUUUUUUGCUGUUUUUUGCGACUGCAUGAUGCGUCGAAGUCCUGGUCAUGUUAGCUUAGAAGCUACAUAGUUAGCCUGCUAGCAAACUGUCUGACAAGUGUCUCUUAAAUGUCAUGUUGCAAAAGCUGACCUUGUAGGUUCUGACAUCCGAGGAACGACUAAAAUGGGUACUGUCAGGGCGAUGGCGUCUGCUAGGUUCAUGUGUUUUUUAAACGCAGCAAGCUCUACCAAAACAUUAGCUAGGACAGGGUGCAGUGUGUGCUUCAGGAGAUACAUCUGCAGUUCACCUCCAAGAUCACAGAGUUGCAUGUCAGCCUGGGUCAUUGAUCAGUAUGGUACUAAUGGGGUGUUGAGGUACACAGAAGAAAUCACUGCUCCCACUAUCAAAUCCGCCACUGAUGUGAUGAUUAAAGUCUGUGCUGCAAGUCUCAACCCCCUUGAUAUGUCAAUGAGGGGUGGCUAUGGGUCUAAAUUGCUGAAAUUAAGAAGGGAUCCUUUGUCUAUGAUGAACAAUGAGAGUGAGUUUCCUCUAAUCCUGGGCCGUGAUGUGUCUGGAGUGGUGGUGGACUGUGGGUCAGAAGUUACCUAUGUUGCUCCAGGAGAUGAGGUGUGGGCUUCUGUACCCCCUUGGAAGCAAGGAAGUCUUGCAGAAUUCGUGACUCUAAGUGAAUACGAGGUUUCACAUAAGCCCAAAUUACUGAGUCACAUCGAGGCAGCUUCUAUCCCUUAUGUGGCCAACACUGCCCUUUCUGCCCUUGUCAAUACAGGUGGUCUUUGCAGAGACAGCGCUUCCAAUAAAAGAGUUUUGAUCACUGGUGGAUCGGGAGGUGUUGGAACAUUCUCCAUUCAGUUAUUGAAGGCCUGGGGUGCCCAUGUAACAGUUACCUGCUCUCAGAAUGCAGAGGGCCUUGUUAGAGGGCUCGGGGCUGAUGAAGUUGUGGACUACACAGCAGGAGAUGUGGCUGAACAGCUAGAAAAAAUGGAGAGGUUUGAUGUGAUUUUGGACGGCGUUGGUGGAGACACAGAGCAGUGGGCGUUGGGCCUGCUGAAGCCCUGGUCUGGGGCCAAGUACGUCACGCUGGUAACACCCUUACUCUUCAGCAUGGAUUCUAUGGGUCUAUUUGGUGGAGCGAUUAAUGCUGGAGUCACUCUUCACAACAAGGCCAUACAGGGUGUAUUAUCUAAUGGAGUCUUCUACCGGUGGGGAUUUUAUGCUCCAGAUGGGCCCGCCUUGGAUGAAGUCAGCAGGCUGGUAGACUCAGGGAAGAUCCUGCCAGUUGUGGAGGCCCAUUUCCCGUUCACCCAGGUGCCCCAGGCCUUUCUGAAACUGGAGCAGGGCCACGCUAGAGGGAAGACAGUGGUCACAGUGGCUGAAGAAGACAGCAGACAGGCCGAUGAGAUGGCGCAGCGCACUUACACAGACACUGCAGAGACGGAGCAAGAAAUGCAAGAAACGCUAAAGCAGAACUGAAGCGUGGAAGCAGAGCGCCAAGACUAUUACGCUUCUCUGAUCUGACAUUUACCAGGCAACUCUUGGUGGUAGAUGACUGCAUUAUCCAAAGAGAUCGGACCUGCUGCUGUUGAGUGGCAGUAAUGAGAGCCUGCCGUCGCCGGUAUUAAAACACCCUCCUGUAUUUUGUUGAAAUUGCUCGAGGUGUAAAGUUACUGUAACUAUCAACUCCAGACUAAUAAAUAUUCAGGUCAGCAUCCAAAUGGGAACGACACUGCAAUUGCUGCAAUCUAACCAAAAAGGGUUGCAUAAAAAUCUCUUAGAGUACAUUGGCAGUUGGGAAUGUGCAUGAACAGAUGUCGAUAUGAUGUAAUUGCUGUAAUUUACAGUACAAUUUGCAUUCUUCAGCAAUGCAACAGCCCUGAGUGCUCACACUUUACUGUUUGGAUUCUGUGCCGUUGCUAAAUUUCAUCUCACAUUACUAUAUGUGAAUGAAGUCCAAAGAGAGUGAUCGACAGAGGUUAUCAGCUUAACAUUUGGGGAACAACAAACAGGGAAACUGAUAACCUUAUACUGUUUUGUUUUGUUUGGAUACUGUUAUGAACCAAGUAAAGGUCAGAUGUCUUUGCAGUUAUUUAAGAAAUUUAUUGACAAAAUAUUUCUGUUAUUCUGAAAACUGAAGUUUUGUUCACACACAUAAAGAGACAUUUAAUAAGUGA